AUGGACUUGCUCGACUUCCCGCCUGAGAUCUUCAGGCACGUCAUCAACUGCCUCGUCAGUGAUGUCGGUGUCCUAUGUGCUUGGAAACUGCGAAGCGUAUGCCGUAAGACUCUCAUUCCCGUGGUCGCGCAAAUGCUCAGGGCUGAUAAUUUCAUAGGAACCUUUGAUCAGGAGAUCAGCGCAAACAUUCUAGCCGUACAACCGGGAGAGGCGUUUCGCAGCUACAGAGCCUGGUGCCUACUCAAUCGCAAAGAGAACAUGAUGUACUACCUCGCAUAUCACGUCAAGAGUCCACGCGAUGUCUUACCGGAGCUUCCCGCCAAGAUACAGAAUAUGGUGGAGUAUGUCACCAAGGAGCUCACCGCAAUAGACAGUCUCGACGACCGUAACAUCCUUCUGGAGGUUUGUGCCGGCGUUGCGCAGACAUGUCCGCUCCUUGCAACCUUCCUCUGGCGGAAUAGCUCAACCUCGCCAGGGAGCGAGCAAAGAUACAGGGAACGGCGCCAAGCACUGAGCAAGGAUAUUACCUAUCAUGACCAGCUCAUUGCGGCGAUAAGUGUGGGUGCUCAUGACGCCGUCGCAAAACUACUACCUCAUGCUCCUACCUCACUCUCGCUGGGUAUUUUUGAAGAGCCAAUACUAGCUGCUGUUCGACAACAAGACCACAAGAUGAUCGCUGUUAUGAUGACAGUUCUGGAUCAACAUAAGUUGAAGAGGCUCAAGAAGAAUCAGGUCAUUGGGUUUGGUUCUCCAUACAGUAUGCUUGGCUCCAUGCAACCAGCUAUCGCGGAUGAUAACGUCGACAUGGUAAAGCUACUACUUGGCUACAUUCGUCGCUACCUGACCCUUCCCGACAAAACCUAUUAUCGUCAGUGGAUUGAUCGUGCUAUUCUCUCACGAAGCAACAGCGUCCUCAGAACUCUUCUCCAAGCCGCACCCGACACCAAGCCCUUCCAGAUCAACACUACUAUCUUCGAACGGGGCGUUAAGACCGGAGACUCAGCUAUCGUUACCACUCUCAUCAACUACGGAAGCAUUCAGCUAGACUCUAGUAGCGCCCAGAUGUCAGCCCUGGCGGCUUCCAUAAGAGCUGGUGGUGUUGCGGUAAUUCGCGCAGUCGUCGAAGCUGGUGCAGACAUUAAUUUGGUUAUAACAACCCAUCGUCUGAAGCAUUGCGAUGCCAUUACACCACUGGAGUAUGCUAUCUAUCUGAACCACUUCGACGCCGUGUGCUACUUGAUCAAAUGCGGAGCCAGCGUUCCUGCUACCUAUACUUGGCACCUCUCAAAGAAGAUGCAAGCCGUCCUUCAGAAUGCGGCAGUCUCCCAGAAGCAAUCGACGAAGCAAAAGCAUUAA